AUUCACUUCUCCACGCUGCCCGGAUCCCUGUCUCCUGCAUUCCCCACAACCCCAAGUGUGUGUGUGUGUGUGCAGAGUUUUCCCCAGCCUCAGCAUUUCCACUGAGCGAAAGUGAUGUCCUCUCCCCAGCCUGCCGGGGAGCGCUGCCUUCGUGUGAUUCACUCAGCGCCGACGCUGCUGCUGCUCUGGAUCUGGGAGGUGUGGACGCGCCGAGCUCGGGGGAGGAGGGAACUUUCGGCCCGUCUCCAGUGACACACACACACACACGGGCUCUCAGCGCAUCAAGGCGGCCUCCAAUUGGGAGCUUCAAAAUGGAGCUGGCUCUGUUCAAUCGGAGAUUGCAGUAACCCGGGGUAGGAAACCCCCUUCAGAAACAGCCGGGAACAGAGGAAGAGAUGAUCUAUGGGAAACAGUGUCUGGUCAGGCAGCAGUCACCACCUUGGUUUCAAGUACUGACUGAUCAUCUGCCUGACACAGUAAACAGCUGGGAAAGACAGCCCGAAUCCCAAGUCCCAGAACAUCUGCACUAACACUGGUAUGUGUGGCUGGAAUUGUAACACCUGGAAUAUCAGCAGCAGCAACUGAAAUAAAUAACUGGAAUCCAAACAUCUGGAUGACUAACACCAAUGUUGGGGGAGAAAAAAACAGCUGGAAACCAAGCAACUGGAAUACAUAAAUCAACACUGAGAAAAGCAACCAAUGUUCUAACAUCCAGGAUAUUGACACCAACACUGGGGAAUAACAGUUGGAAUCCAAAACCCAGACAUUAAUGCAAACAUAAGGAAAAACAACUGGAAUUUGAACUCUUGGAAUAUAUGGACAGACUGAAAUAAGCUCUUGUCUGAGUGAACUUAUUAAAUGGUCUCUUGAAUUACUCCCCAAUGGAUUGAGGUCACCCCUUUCUAAUAGAGGACUCAGUGAGAGUGGUUACAUCCUGAAUCACCCCCCAGAACGACUGAGAUUCCCCUGUCUCGAAGUGGGGUCCAGUCAGAGUGAUGCAUCUAUCCAGCCUGCUGCCCCUUCAUGCCCUCUAUGUGACCCUGUCUCUCUCUGCACAGCACUUCCCAUCCUGGGGACACUAUGACCUGUGUAAGACCCGGGUCCACUGGGACCAAGGGAUGAGUUGGGAUUACAUGGCCUGCCAACCUGAGACCACCCUGCUCACCAGGUUCCUGAAGAUCAGUCUGGAUCCCCCCAACAGCACAUGUGGAGAGACCCCCGAGAUGUACUGCACUCUGACUAAAAGGCGUCACUUAAUUCCCAUCGAUCUCAACAUUGAGAAUCCAUACAUGUGCAACAAUGAGUGUGAUGCUCACACACCUGAGCUGGCCCACCCUCCCGAUCUAAUGCUGGACGAUGAAGGCAGGAUUCCCACCAGCUUUUGGCAAAGUGUGUCCUGGAGGAACUUCCCCAAGCCCCUGGUGGUCAACAUCACCCUGUCCUGGGGGAAGAGCAUUGAGCUGACCGAAGACAUCAUCAUCACCUUUGAGUCUGGCCGGCCGGAGCAGAUGGUCCUGGAGAAGUCCCUGGACCAUGGGCGGAGCUGGCAGCCCUAUCAGUUCUACGCAGCCGACUGCCUCAACUCCUUCGGGAUGGAGCCGAGAAAGGCCCGGGAUCUGAGGGCCGCCUCAGUGCUGGACAUCAUCUGCACUGAGGAGUACUCCAGGGGCUACGUGUGGAAGGUGGACAAGAUGGUCCGCUUCGAGAUCCAGGAGCGUCUGGCUCUGUUCGGGGGUCCCCGCUUUGGGGACAUGGCCUCACUGUACGGCCAACUGGACACCACCAAGGAGCUGAGAGAUUUCUUCACCCUGACUGACCUGCGGCUCCGGCUGCUGCGGCCGGCCACUGGACCCACCAGCGUCGACCCCCACAAUCUCUCUAAGUACUUCUACGCCAUCUCCAACCUGGACAUCCGUGGCCGGUGCAAGUGUAACCUUCACGCCAACAACUGUGUCAUGAAGAAAGGGAAGCUGAGCUGUGAGUGUGAGCACAACACCACGGGGCCGGACUGCGGUCGAUGCAAGAAAGGUUUUCACGGCCGACGGUGGAGAGCAGGCUCGUACCUCCCCAUCCCCAAAGGGACGGCCAAUGUCUGUAUCCCUGACAAUGACAUCAGUGGCUCAGACCCAAAGCUGACUCACACAAGGCCAAGUAUUUCAUCACUUGAGGGCACCAAUUCAGAGCAAGGGGGAGUGUGCGAUAACUUGCUAACACGGUGUGAGAACGGAGGUGUGUGUGAGGAGAACGGGAGGUGCCGGUGCCCCGCUCCCUACACCGGGCUCCUGUGUGAGAAAGUCCAGUGCAGGAAGGGAGCGGAAGGCUGCGUCUCACAAUCGGCCCGGGAGCCCUCCUUGCACCGGGCGCUGCUCUCGCUGACCGCGCUGCUCACCGCCGCCCACGGCCGCCCGCUGCUCUGAGCCGCUUCCAGCGCCACCGGAAAGCUGAGGAGAGCGGCAGGACAGAUGCAGCGUUUACUGCGGCGCCGUUCAAACACGCUCCAACCUUCCCUCUCCCCCCAUCCCCCCGGAAAGGAAAACUGCAGCUGAGGUCUGAGCCUGCCCAGUCACCCAGGCCGACUGAGGUGUCGGUGUUGGACUGGGGUGUACAAAGUUAAAAAUCACACAACACCAGGUGAUAGUCCAACAGGUUUAUUUGGAUCAUAGAAAGGAAUGGACAGUCAGUGGGGAAAUUGGACUCUCUGUGUCUCCUCACGGGACUCGGGCAGCACCUCAUAAUUCAUCCUCUCUAAUGUCAGCCGAUUAUUCCAGGUUUGUAGUUUGGGACAAAGAAAAAAGGACUGAGAUUUGGCCACCUCAGGACAUUUGCAAAGUGCAUUUGUCGACAUUGAAAGACCUUUGGAACAAGCAGCAAAAAUGUGACAAUGACCAGAUAACCUGCUUUGUGUUGUUGUUGUUUGAAGCAUAAAUAUUGCUCAGAAUGUCUGGGGUGAAAUCCCCAAUUCAUUGUUGACAGAGUGGCAAUAGUUGACAUCCAGUCGAGAGGGCUUCAAUGUCUCGUCUGAAAACAAAAGAUCACGUGACGCAGCACUCAUUGCCUUCAAUAGUCUUGCCUCUCUCUAUCUAUCUCUUUCCCCCCCACUUUGCUCCACCUAUUGCUCUUCCUUCUCCCUGUCUCACUAAUACCUUGUCUUUCCCUUGCUGUGGACAAUGCCUGCAUGGAAACCCAAGGAGAAGGACAGUGUUUGGGAAGAAUCUGCUCAGGGCUUCUGCAGUACUUGGAGGCUUUUCUCAUGGGGGUGAAAGGGGGAGGUUUCUGGCCAAUUUGCACAUUCUAGGAGGCCAUGAAAGGUUUUUCCUACAGUUUCACGUGGCGGAGAAGAAUUUGUUGACCAUCUCGCUUUCCGUACUUCAGAACAGCAGAAGUUUGUGUGAGUGCUGGGGCAAACAACAUUAAUGAAUCAUUGCUAUUCAUGGGAUCCUGGUUUGUUCAAUCUGGCUGCAAUGUUUCCCACAUUAUAACAGCGACUACACUUGUUAAGUAUUUAAUGGCUUGUGAACCACUUCUCCAUCCGCCGUCGCGUUGCGCUGAGUUUAUUUUCCACUGAGGGUUUAAAGCUUUUACUGCAAUAAAUAGAAAAAAAAACAUUGA